CGCGGUUCGUUGUUUUGUUUGCCAGUCUUCCCCGUUUUGUUGAACCGCAUCAUUUAUAGAGCGUACAUAUUACUUAUAACCAAUAAUGGCGGCCAGUAACGGUGAUUCCAAAAUGAGCCAACAGGGACCAGCCUUCGACUCCAAUGCGAUGACGCUUACGCGUUUCGUGUUACAGGAGCAACGUAAGUUCAGGAACGCCACCGGAGAUCUGUCUCAGCUGCUCAACUGCAUCCAAACGGCGAUCAAAGCCACUGCUUCGGCGGUUCGAAAGGCAGGUAUCGCCAAGCUCCAUGGCAUUGCGGGCGACGUGAAUGUCCAGGGCGAGGAAGUCAAGAAACUGGAUGUGCUUUCCAACGAGCUGUUCAUCAACAUGUUGAAAUCCUCCUACACCACAUGUCUGAUGGUCUCCGAGGAGAAUGAGAAAGUGAUCGAGGUGGAAGUGGAGAAACAGGGUAAAUACAUUGUGUGCUUCGAUCCCCUGGACGGGUCCUCUAACAUAGACUGCCUGGUGUCGAUCGGUUCGAUCUUCGCCAUAUACCGGAAGAAGAGUGACGGUCCGCCCACCGUGGAUGAUGCCUUGCAGCCUGGAAAUCAGUUGGUAGCCGCUGGAUAUGCGCUAUACGGCUCGGCAACAGCCAUUGUCCUGGGUCUCGGUUCGGGUGUGAAUUGUUUCACCUAUGAUCCGGCUAUUGGAGAGUUUAUCCUGACCGAUCCCAACAUGAGGGUUCCCGAAAAGGGCAAGAUCUACUCCAUCAACGAGGGCUACGCCAGCGACUGGGACUCGGGCGUUUUUAACUAUAUUGCGGCCAAGAAGGAUCCCGCCAAGGGAAAACCCUAUGGAGCCCGGUACGUGGGUUCCAUGGUCGCAGAUGUCCAUCGCACCAUCAAAUACGGUGGCAUCUUCAUCUAUCCGGCUACAAAAUCCGCUCCCAACGGAAAACUCCGUCUUCUGUACGAAUGCAUCCCUAUGGCCUAUCUGAUCACGCAAGCUGGUGGACUUGCAAGUGAUGGCAAGAUCAGCAUUUUGGACAUUGUACCCAAGAAGAUUCACGAACGUAGUCCCAUAUUCCUGGGUUCCAAGACCGAUGUGGAGGAGGCGCUAAGCUACUUGAAGUAAUUUUGUAAAUACUCUAAUUUAUGAAUAAAGGACCUUUUAAUUUUUGCUAAGAAA